CCCUAUUUAUAUACACAAUAGCCGUAACGGCGCACGAUUACAGCCGUAAGCAUAAACGCAACUGAUAAAAAAAAAAAAAAGCAGUGGCGAAAAGCGAAACGAGAUCUUUGAUUCGUGGCUUCGAAUCUAUCCUCAGUUCUUCACUUUUUCCCUCUGCAUCUUCCUUCUCCCUCUCAAAGGGUUUUUUUCUUUCCUUCUUCUUCUUUCUCGUUUUAUAUAUAAGCUUUUUCAGCUUUAACUUUUUACUUAAAUUCCAGAUUUUUUCUACGUUUAAAGUGCUUGAUUCUCUCUUUUCUCUCUCUAGAUUGUUAGAUUUUUCUUUCUACAACUCGAAUCCUCAGACAUUUGCAGAUCUAGGGUUUGAUUGGAGAUUUAGGGUUUAAGUUUGAGUUUUCUGUUGGCGAGAAUGGCGGCUGCGUUUCACUUGCCCGUCACCGCUGCUCAGGUGGGAGCGUACUUCGUGGGGCAGUACUACCAUGUGUUGCAGCAACAGCCGGACUUCGUGCACCAAUUCUACACUGAUGCGAGCACAAUGUUUCGUGUAGAUGGAAGCUCCAGAGAGACUGCGACGUCAAUGCUGCAAAUCCACACACUUAUCAUGUCUCUUAAUUUUACUGGAAUCGAACUCAAAACAGUACAAUCCUUGGAGUCUUGGAGUGGGGGUGUUCUUGUGAUGGUCACUGGAUCUGUGCAAAUGGACACUGGGAACAGGAGGAAGUUUGUGCAAACAUUUUUCCUUGCACCUCAAGAGAAAGGAUACUUUGUUCUCAAUGAUAUUUUUCACUUUAUAGAUGAGGACUCAAUUCCCCAGCAUCCAGAAGCUUUGAUGGCACAGAAUAAUUUUGAUUCAGAACUAAAUUCUUCUACAGCUAUUCCAGAGCUAGCAGUGCCAAAGUACAUGGUGGCUGAAGAAAUCCAGGCGAAAGAGUUUGUAUCUCCCAACGAUGUUGAAGAAAAUGGUCAAGUUGAUAAGUACAGUUUCCCAGUACCAGAGCAGCAGUUGCACCAAAUGCCUGAGACCGAAGACAUUCUGGAGGACAAUUCUGCAGAAGAAGCAAAUGGUUCACUUCAAAAUACAAUGAAUAAUGCACAUGAGCCGCUUCCAGCUCCUGUUGAGGAACCUGUUGGGGAGCCUCAGAAGCACACUUAUGCAUCUAUUUUGCGGGUGGCUAAAGGACAAUCAGCACCUUUGGUAGCUCCUCCUCAUUCCCUUAAUAAGAAUGCACUGCCUGCCUCCGAGUGGCAUCAAAUACAAGAACCCAAUACUCAACAGCACCCCACCUGUCAGCAGCCCACUGUGUCUUCAGUUGCACAUGAAGGGUCUGGUGCAGAGGCAACAGAGGAGGUUUUAACAACAGAAGAUGUAGGGGAAAUCAAAUCCGUUUAUGUCAGGAACUUGCCAUCAUCAGUAUCUGCUUCCGAAAUUGAGGAGGAAUUUAAGAAGUUUGGUAAACUCAAGCCUGAUGGUGUAGUCAUUAGGAAUCGGAAGGAUGUUGGUGUCUACUAUGCAUUUGUUGAAUUUGAACAUAUCACUGCUGUUCAGAAUGCAAUCAAGGCAUCCACGGUACAGAUUGCUGGUCGACAAGUAUUUAUUGAGGAACGGAGAGCAAAUAGCAACAUUCCAUCUCGAGGAGGAAGAAGGGGUAGAGGUAGGGGCAGCUACCAAUCUGAGGCAUCAAGGUCACGUUAUGGUUCUAGGAGUUUUGGCAGGGUAAACAUACAAGAUGGAGGUGACCGGGACUACAACGGACCCAGAGGAAAUGGUUUCUAUCGUCAGAGUUCUCGGCAUGGGGGCUUUUCAGGAAACCAAGCAUCAAGAAAUGGACACAGCCCAUCAGAUUCGUCAAGCUAGUUUUAAACGGAGGAUGAUGGCUUUUGAAUUUUUUCAGCUGAGAAUGUUCUCCUUUCUGUUGGUCUCAAAGACAAGGAAUUUACAUAUAUCAGUAGACUUUGAAUUAGAUAGAUGCACUGUAAAGAUGCAUCACCUUUUUUUUUUUUUUGGGAGGGGGCGGUGGUUCAUCUGCAUUUAUUUAUUUUUUUUAUUUUCCCUUGAGUUUUCUAAUUGGAGAGGUAUCAUUUUUUCUUCUUUUUGCCAAUUUUGUGUUCAUUCUCGUAAGAGAUUUCGUGUUGCCCAUUUAUCCAUUGAAUUUGGUUUAGUUGCGUCGUUGUCAUUUAUAAUUUUAAGUUUUUCCCCCUUGGAGCAGCAAUGUAUUUGCGGCGAUACAAUGGCGAACAAUAAUAUAAUUCAAAGUUGGCAUUUAA